GCGGCUCUCGUUUGGCCUCGGGUCCAUAUUUUGGAAUUUGGCCUGUGCUUGGAGCACACCCUUGCCAUGGGAAAUUGCUGCGAAGCCAUGGGAUGGCUUGACGACGCUGGCCAUGUACAGCUGGUACACCAGCGCUUCUUCCCCAUGUACGUGGUCAAGGUGGCGGACUUUCUGAAGAUGGAGGGAGAGCCAGAGCCGCACCAGGCAUUACGAGAGCAGGGCCUACUGCACGAGUGGCAGCCAGGAGCAUCGAGCCCAUGGGACUGGGACCGCGGGAUGUCGAUCCCUCAAGCCGAUGUGCGGGAAUGUUCGUCAUUUUCGUGUCCCACCAGUGGCUGGCAGCCGCAUCCCCAGACCCCAAGGGCCAACAGCUGGCCGUGCUGCGGACGGCGCUGCGCGACAUCACCGCGGGCAUCAUGCGUGUGGAGGAAGACCUGCCAUCCUAUGACGGCAACAAGACGCUGCCCGGCAAGGUGCUGCAGAAGAUCACGACGGGGUAUUUGUUCUUGGACUGGUUUGCCAUUCCGCAGCUUACUGCCCGCGUGGCGGGCGUGAACGAGACAAGCACGCAGUCAGAUGCGGCAAAGGCAGUGCAAAGCAUCCCUGCCUACGUCGAAGCGUCGGAUCUUUUCGUGGCGUUGGUGCCUAGUCUUACUCAUCAGGACACGUUGCAGAACUGCAAUUACGGGUCCUGGCUGUCGAGAGGGUGGUGUCGGGCCGAGUUAUGGUGCCGGCUCUUGUCCAACAGAAAGGACACCAGCGUCAUUCUCGUGUUCUCGUCGAAGAACGCGGAGUUCAUGUUCCCUUUGGAGUGGCAGCGGGCUUCCAUCGCGGAGGGGAAGUUCACGGUGGAAGCGGACCGGGAAUGCGUGACAAAGCUUGGGGAGAUGGCGCUCGCUGGAAAGCUCCGGCACCUGCAGGCGGCGGGGCCGUUAAGCCACUACCGUUUUUACCUGGCCCGUCGAGCCAAGAUGCUGCAAGAGACGCCGCAGCAGCUCGACUUGCGCGGGUUCUUGGAGCACUUUGCAUUUCCAAACCUCCAGGCGGCAGUGCAGGACGAAGGUGGCAUGAACGGCCUGCUGUGUGCAGUCUGCAUAGGCAACAUCCCCAUGAUACGGCUGCUGGUCGAGCACAAGGCCGAUGUGAACUGCCGGUUGCGGGGGUUGGGCGACUUCGGCUACUUCGACAGCCAGACGCCGAUUAUGACGGCGCUCAAAACGUACCAGGAGUCUUCAGUGGUGUCAACACUCAUUGAGCUCCGUGCCGACGUGCACGCGGAGAGCCGUGUGGGUUACACCUGCGGCAUGCUGGCGCGGCUCCCGGAGCACGUGCACGCGCUGGCGGAGGCAAAGGCCGAGCUGAGCGGCACCAACGCCAUCUGCGGCGCGGCGGCCCACGCGGGGGUGGCCACGGUGAGGGCCAUGCUGCAGUGCAGGUCUGACCCCAACAUUCACACGGCAGCCGGCCGGGAUGGCCGUGAAAGCCCCUUGCACUCGCUGGCUUUGCUGGGGCGCGGCAACCCCGAGGCGGCGGAUAUUGCGAGGCUUCUCUUGGCCAAUCGCGCAGAUGCGAAUUUGCCCACGAUUGCUACUGGGAGGCUGUACCUUACCGCUAUGCUGGCCCAGGGGCUCACCUCUCUGUGGGGCAUGGAGAACUGCUCGAACAUCAUUCGCUUGCUUGCAUCCUACCCUGGCAUCACUCCGCUGGGCUGUGCCGCGCUCACCGGUCACUCCGAGCUAGUGGAGCUGCUACUGGAAGCAGACGCGGAUCCCUUGAGCAAUCAGCGCGGGGAUUCACCGGAGGACCUGGCCAGGAUGAGUGGGCACUUGGAUCUGCUGCCGAUGCUGCAGACCUUUAGGGUUUGAUGGCUCCGAUGUGCUGAGGUUACUUUCCCAUUCUUACUUGAACAUAUCGAAUCUGGGCGCUCAGAGUUUUUGCUUUUCAGUUUUCGCAAAGUGGAUGCCUUCAAAAGCAGGCACGACCUCACGGCCUUGAGCCGUUGCUUUUGCAAGAGUGGUUGACCAUGUCAGUCGAAAGUAGUUUGCUGGCAUUCACGCGCCAUGGUUCUUUGAGGAAUCUUGAGGGAAGAGUGCGUGCAGCUGACUGAGCACCUCCC